UGCAUGCGGCUGCUGCAUCAACUGCUUUAGAGUGACCUGGCAGAAGUAGUGUUUUACUGGGCCAGCGACCCCCAAUCCUCUCAAUCCUAGCUGUGCCCCAUGUCACCCCCCACUAGCCACACCCCUGAUCACACAAACAAUGGUUUAAAGAAGUUCUCCCUCUGGGAACACAUGAAGAAGGGAUGUAUAUGUAAUGGUACAUCACUGUCCGACAAUCAGACGAAAAGGGAUCCUGCUAGCGAGCUAAAGAAGGAUAUUCUUCGUCUGGAGAAGGAAUAUUCUUCCUCAAGGGAAAGGUUACAGAAACAGAUCAUUGUUUAUAAAACAGUUGCAGAUUUUGCUCCUCAUGCAGCGCUGUCUGACAAUCAGAUGGACAAGGAUCCUGCUGAUAUCACUAAGGAGCUAAAGAAGAAUAUUCAUCGUCUGGAGAAGGAAUAUAAUUCUUCAAGGCAAAGGUUACAGAAGGAGAUCAUUGUUUAUAAAACAGGAAAAAACAGAUUUUCACUUACUUCAUCAAAUCUUAACAUCAUCCAAGUCAAUGUGAGAGAUGAGAGGCCGGAAGCAUUGACCUAUCAGAUUCCAAUCAUAGAAAUAGCUCAGCAAUUGCCUAAAGACAACCUAAUGGGUGGAGACAAUGCGCGGCAUGCUUGCGGACAUCCACCAUUUCAUUACACUACGAAAACAGAGACAUCAGAAAUAAAGAAAUCUUCAUGCAAGAUCCCAGGUCCUGCAUCCUAUCAGUUUUCAUCUACAAGAACUUCUACAGAGAGGGUGACCUUUGAUCCUAUUCCUGCAAACACGAAACCUCUGAUAAAAGAGACUACGAAUGUUUGACAAUGCAUCAGCGAUCUGCUUGUUUCACGGCCUCGUAGUUCUGCUAUGAUCUUUGGGUUGCAUAACUAUAUAUUUAAAU